UAAUUUUAAUUAGCGGGAAAACAUGGAGGCUCUGGAUUUCAAAUCCCUACCUUUUCCGGUUUUGGACUUACAGCGUCCUGAGCUUCUAAAAUGCAAAGAAUUAGCUAUUCAAAAAGAGAGAGACCUGGCAGUGAAAAGAAGAGAGAAUGCAGAGUCCCUGAACAAUUAUAUUGCUCAUAGAUUAGGGAAUGUGGGGAAAUCUAAGAAAAAUAUUUUAACAUUUUCCCAGUACAAAACUCAAAUUGAAAAUGCGAGGAAGACGUGUCACACUUUGCCACCUGGUGAUGGUUGCCAGGGUAACGCAAGAGAAUGCAAAAGUGAGGGGGGAAGAGAAAAUAGUCAUUAUCAGAAAACUAAGUCUCAUUGGCCUGGAAAUGAACCUGUAACUGAGAGCAAUGGAAUCCAUCAUCGUUCUCCCAACUCCUCUCCUCCCAGACGUUUCUCUCAUUCUCCUGAUAAAAGAAUAGAGCAGCAUGUCUAUCUUCAAAAGCUUUCAAGGAAGAUACAGAAAGGCAAAGUAAUAAUUGGAGGCCUUGUGAGAGGAUACUUAACAAGGAGGCUAUUGAGGUCAGAGAAAGUUCAAGACAUCAUUAGAAUGAUAAAAGAUACGAAAGAAGUCCUGGAGACUCUGAAAAACCCUGCUAAUGCUAGCGAAUUUGAGCUUCUCCAAAGAACAAGGCUUCAAAUCCAGGCAGCAAAACAAUCUCUUUACAAGAUAUUCUUUGUAGUUACAACAUCUGAAAGAAUGGAGUACAUUGCUCAGUCUAGACAACGAAGAAUGGAGAAAAGAUUUGGACAUGUGAAAGAGAGAAACAAGCUACAUCAAUUCUCAUCAGCCACAUUGAAGACACUGGAGAGGAAGCAAUCAAACACUGGAGCAGCUACAAAGAAACAGAAACAUACAGUUCAUUUUGAAAAUACUGCUUCUCUUUUGGUUAAUGGCGAGGCUACACAAGACAGACACACAGCUCAACACUCUUCCAACACUGCAGCCAAUAUUCUCAGGAGCAUUACUAAAAAUGACCCUGAUGCUAUUAACUUUAUUAAAAGUACACGUAGACAGACCAGCCCUAAUAUCACUUCGCCUAUUCAAGUUUCUUCUACUAGCAAAACUAAUAAAGCUAGAAGAGCAUCUUAUACUGCAACUGAUCUUAUUUCUGAUGAUGUUGCUGAAAGAGCACAAAGACUCAUAAGUCCUCUUCAGGUGCCUUUAGAUGCACACAAUAAUACAAUUCCUCCAACUAACAGAGCUAGAAGAGGUACUUUUGCUGCAGCUGACAUCCACAAGGAUAGUCCUCCUGAUUUUGCUAAAUUGAGGACACGUAGACAGACAAGCCCUAAUGUCACUGUACCUCUUCCAAUUUCUGCAGAUAAUUCAAAUCAACGCUCUUCUCCAAGUACUAGAGCUAGAAGAAGUACUUUUGCUGCAGCUGAUAUCCACAAGGAUAUUAGUGGAGAUAGUCCUCCUGAUUUUGCUAAAUUGAGGACACGUAGACAGACAAGCCCUAAUGUCACUGUACCUCUUCCAAUUUCUACAGAUGAUUCAAAUCAACGCUCUUCUCUAACCAAUAGAGCUAGAAGAAGUACUUUUGCUGCAGCUGAUAUCCACAAGGAUAUUAGUGGAGAUAGUCCUCCUGAUUUUGCUAAAUUGAGGACACGUAGACAGACAAGUCCUAAUAUCACUGUACCUCUUCCAAUUUCUGCAGAUGAUUCAAAUCAACGCUCUUCUCCUCCAACUAAUAGAGCUAGAAGAAGUACUUUUGCUACAGCUGAUAUCCACAAGGAUAUUAGUGGAGAUAGUCCUCCUGAUUUUGCUAAAUUGAGGACACGUAGACAGACAAGUCCUAAUAUCACUGUACCUCUUCCAAUUUCUACAGAUGAUUCAAAUCAACGCUCUUCUCCUCCAACUAAUAGAGCUAGAAGAAGUACUUUUGCUACAGCUGAUAUCCACAAGGAUAUUAGUGGAGAUAGUCCUCCUGAUUUUGCUAAAUUGAGGACACAUAGACAGACAAGUCCUAAUAUCACUGUACCUCUUCCAAUUUCUGCAGAUGAUUCAAAUCAACGCUUUUCUCCAACUAAUAGAGCUAGAAGAAGUACUUUUACUGCAGCUGAUAUUCAGAAGGAUAUUAGUGGAGAUAGUCCUCCUAAUUUUGCUAAAUUGAGGACACGUAGACAGACAAGUCCUAAUAUCACUAUGCCUCUAGAUCUUCAAUUUAACCAAAAUAGAAAUAAUACACAAGCUAGAAGAGCUACCCACACUGCUGAUGAGCUCAUGAGAUCAGUCCUUGGAAAUGUACCUAGCAAUAACAGUGCUAACCUUACUGGAACUAAACGUAGUCGUAGAGGAACAAUCAGUAUUGCUAGUAGUCUUUCUGCUAUUAGUGAGAACAGUCCAUAUAAUCGCAAACCUGCAGUCAGUUCCUCUGUCGCUGUCAGUACUAGUACAGGAGCUUCUGAUGACUCGUAUAAUAGAUCAAGCAGCAGUAAACCAAGGAGCAUGUUUAGAAGUUACAGAGCAUUUUCUAAUCAGUCUGGUUCAAAGAAUCACACCUCAUCUGAUGUUACCUCUAGCUCAGGAAAAGUUCAAGUUUUGACUGGAGUGGCAGCAAAGAAGGCUAGAGGAAGAGAGAACAGGUUCUUUUCUCUAUUUUCCAGGAAACGCAGUAAAGCAUCCUACCCUAAGCCUAGUAGAGCUAGUUCCAACUUAGCAACAUAACCCGACAACUGAAGUCACAUUAUAAUAUACAUGCAUAUACAUUGUAGGUAUUUAUCAUUAAGUAUUCAUCAUGUAUAUAUCAUCAUUUUAGAAUCUCUAUAUAUAGCAUGUUAUUGUUUCUUUGGUUGAUUAUAAAAACAGAGUAUUUGACAUCUCA